AUAGAAUUUACCAUUUGCUUUAUUAUGUGUUUUAUGCCUUCUCGCCAAAUAAACAAAUGUCGAAUAAUAAUGUGUGAAUUAUUUCUUAAUGGGUGCCGUUAGGCGUUAAUUGCGCAUACGCAGCGUAUGCCAAGUGCCAAGUCCUUGGCUAUAAAAGGCCGUUGAGAGGCUUGCGAUGCUCAUCAAAGAGUUUAACAUGGACGUGGAUCUGAAGCCGCUGGGCCUUAGCUAUAUGGCAAGUGCUCCAGGUGCACCAGCUCCUGCUGCUGCUGCUCCUGCUCCUGCUGCUGCUGCUGCUCCGGCCACAGUGCUGUUGGUGAAUGCAGCAGGCGCAACACCGCUGGGACCCGAGCCACAGCGCAUGACGUGCCCCAGUUGCCACAACGUGAUGCAAACGCGCCUGGAGCUGCGCUCCAAUAAAAACACGCAUCUUAUUGCACUCGUGCUCUGCGUAACCGGCCUAAUAUGUUUGGUCCCCUUGCCCUACUGCCUCAAGAGCUGCCGCAGCCUUUAUCAUUAUUGCAGCUGCUGCAAUCAGUAUUUGGGCAAAGCCGCCAACUAACUGUCAACCGUGCUAAGCCCUAAUUAAAUCAAAUCAAUUAAAUGCGAAAAACAAGCUAAAUUCGUGUUCAGUUUUUGAUUGCUGAUAUGCUCAAUUAACGAAGCCAGCUCAGGUGAACC